AUGAUGACUAAAGCUCAUCUUUACUCACUGUGUCUUCUUAUACUUUAUUUGGCAGGUGGAUAUGGCCAAGAAGUCAAGUUCAGUGGACCCCUGAAAGCCAUGACAUUUUCUAUUUAUGAAGGUCAAGAGCCAAAUCAAAUCAUAUUCCAGUUUAAGGCCAAUCCUCCUGCUGUGACAUUUGAGCUAUCUGGCGAGACAGAUGACAUAUUUCAGAUACAACCAGAUGGACUUCUGUAUUGUGUCCGAGCCCUGGACAGGGAAACGAGGGCUGUCCACCAUCUUCAGGUUGUAGCCCUGGACAGUCAUGGAACUGCAGUGGAGGGCCCAGUCCCCAUCACUAUAGAAGUGAAGGACAUCAACGACAACCGACCCAUGUUUCUCCAAUCCAAGUACGAAGGCUCAGUGAGGGAGAACUCACGCCCAGGAAGGCCCUUCAUGUAUGUCAAUGCCACAGACUUGGAUGAUCCUGCCACUCCCAAUGGCCAGCUUUUCUAUCAGAUUGCCAUUCAGCUUCCCAAAGUUAAUGAUGUCAUGUACUUUCAGAUCAACAACAAAACAGGGGCAAUAUCGCUUACCCUGCAAGGGUCUCAGCAAUUGGAUCCCACUAAGAAUCCAUCCUACAAUCUGGUGGUGUCUGUGAAGGACAUGGGAGGCCAGAGUGAUAAUUCUUUUAGUGAUACCACAUCUGUGGAUAUUCUGAUAAAGGAGAACAUUUGGAAAGCACCAGAGCCUGUUACUGUUAUAGAAAACUCAACGGAUCCUCACCCUUUCAAAAUCACUCAGGUGCAGUGGAAUGAUCCAGGCGCACAGUAUGCCCUAGUUGAAAAAGAAAAGCUGCCAAGGUUUCCAUUUUCAAUUGACCAGGAAGGAAAUAUUUAUGUGACUCAGCCCCUGGACCAAGAAGAAAAGGAGGCAUAUGUUUUUUAUGCAGUUGCAAAGGAUGAUGAUGGAAAUCCGCUCGCCUUCCCACUGGAAGUGCAUGUGACUGUUGAAGACAUCAAUGAUAAUCCACCCACAUGUCCAUCUGCAGUGACUGUAUUUGAGGUCCAAGAGAAUGAAAGAUUGGGCAGCAAUAUUGGGAUCUUUACUGCACAUGACUUGGAUAAGGAAAACACUCCCAACAGUUUGUUAACAUACCAGAUUGUGGAGCAAGUUCCCCAAAUUCCUGUAGAUGGGCUCUUCCUGGUUGAAAAAUUCGAGGGGAAGUUCCAGUUAGGAAAACAGUCCUUGAAGAAACAAGAUGCUGCUCAGUACAAUGUAACAGUAGAAGUGUCUGACAAAGAUUUCAAGACCCUCUGUCUUGUGCAAAUCAACGUUAUUGAUAUCAAUGAUCAGAUUCCCAUCUUUGAAAAGUCAGAUUAUGGCAACCUGACUCUUGCUGAAGACAAAGAUGUGGGGUCCACCAUCUUAAUCAUCCGAGCCACUGAUGCAGAUGAGCCAUUUACUGGGAGUUCUAAAAUCCUCUAUCGGAUUAUAGAGGGAGACAGUGAGGGUCGGCUGGAGGUUGACACGGAUCCCCAAACCAAUGUGGGCUAUGUCAAGAUCAAAAAGCCUCUUGAUUUUGAAACAGCACCCAUCUCCCACAUUGUGUUCCAAGCAGAAAACCCGGAGCCACUGGUGUCUGGUGUAACUUAUAAUGCCAGCUCCCAGGCUGGAUUCUGGCUCAUUGUGACGGAUGUGAAUGAAGCACCUGUGUUUUCCCAGCCUAUUUUCCAAGCCACAGUCAGUGAAGAUGUACCUGUAGGCACCAAAGUGGGCAAUGUGACUGCCAAGGAUCCCGAAGGCCUGGAUGUGAGUUAUUCACUGAGAGGCGACAAGAGAAGUUGGCUUAGGAUUGAUUCUACUACUGGUGACAUCUUUUCUAAGGCGCCACUGGACAGGGAAACUGAGAGUGUGUAUCGAGUACAAGUGGUGGCCACAGAGAAAGGCAGGUCCUCCUUGAGUUCCACGUCAGAUUUCCACCUGAUUCUUCAGGAUGUGAAUGACAACCCGCCACGGCUCGCCAAAGAGUAUACAGGCUUGUUCUUCUGCCACCCCCUCACUGCCCCCGGAAGUCAUGUUUUUGAGGCAACUGAUGAUGAUCAGAAGUCAUUCCGGGGUCACCACUUCACAUUUUCCCUUGGCAGUGAAAGCCUGAAAAAGGACUGGGAUGUUUCCAAAAUCAAUGGUUCUCAUGCCAGACUUUCCACGAAGCACACAAACUUUGAGGAGAAGGUUUAUGACGUCUCGAUCCGCAUCAAUGAUGAGGGCCGACCACCCAUGGAAGGGACUGUCUCUUUACCAGUUACUUUCUGUUCAUGCGUGGAAGGAAGGUGUUUCCGUCCAGCCGGUAGACAGUCAGGGAUACCCACGUUGGGCAUGGCAGUCGUUGUACUCCUGACCACCUUUCUGAUCAUUGGGAUCAUUUUAGCAGUUGUGUUUAUCCGUAUAAAGAAGAAUAAGAACAAAAAUAAUGUUGAAGAUACUCAGGCACCUGAAGCCACACCUUUGAGGAGCUGA